CUGACAACAAGCGCCUGUGGACAGCCCGCGUUAAGAGACUCUUCCAGCCACACUGGGGAAAUUAUUUUCGGAGUAAGCAGCUCACAUCAGUCAGCGCCAUGAAUUUAAAUGACUUUCUGGUCGUUCCCAACAAGCCCAAGUCGGUGAAGUUAAAUGUCAGGAACCUGCGGGAGCUGCGAAUGGAGACGGUUCAGCUGGACCAGGAGAACAAGGACAUGGAGAACAGACUUAAGGAGCUCAGAGAGAUCAUGAGCCAUGAGAAAGAGGAGAGAGAGAAGUCUGGUGCUUUCCGCUGGAAGUCUGCCCAGGCCAACAGCGGGACACGGAGUAAGGAGAAAGGAGUCAAACUUUCUGCUGGCAAGAUGAAGAUAAGAGUGCUGAAGGAUGAGUCUCUGCCAGAAGCUCAAAGACCACCUGAAAAAGUGCCAGGGCCCCCACCCAGAGACCCAGGGCACAGCAGGAAGCCCAGACUCAAGGGCAAAGUGUGUGGUCAGUGUGAAGCCAGAACAGCUGGACUGGUGUGCGCUGAAUGCGGAGAGGAUUACUGCGUCGGCUGCUUCGCCAGAUUUCACCAGAAGGGGGCACUGAAGCACCACCGGAUGAUUCCCGUGCAGGUGGAGCUGCAGACAUCGGUCAGCAGUCUGGAUGUUCUGAGCCGUUUCCAGAAACAGAUAGGAGAAGAGAGGGAGACGUCCAGCCAGUCCACUCAAAGCACUGCAGUCAGUCCAGCUACACUGAGGACACACAAGGCGCAGACACCAGCAGGAUAUCAGGAUACACAAACAUACAGCACACAGGUAUUAUUUGUGAACGAGGGAGAGGAAGUGGAGGACGAUGAGGAUAAAGGCUCUCUGCUAAGCGGCUGCUUUGAUGAAGAAGCUUCGUCUAGGUCUUUCCAGCAGGCGGUGAGCGAGUGGAGGGAGAGAAAGCAGGCAGGAGACACAGCGGACGAGAGAGAAGCUCAUCAGCCCAACCGCAGGGCACCAGUAACGGUGGAGGUGGUCGGCACUCAGGCUGGAGAAAUGAUUCUGCAGCCCAUUCAUAUUGAGUUCAGGGAACACCGUCUGAGCUACAUGGAGAAGCUGCUGCUGAAGAAGCACCGCAGAGCUCCGCUAGAAUCGUAUCGUCUGCUUCCUGCCCCGAGCUCCCAGCAGGACCUGCUCAUGCGCUCACCCACACAGCUUGCCGAGGAGCUAACAGCUGAGGAGAUGGACCUGCACAAAUACUGUGCGUCGCUAUUUGCCGUGUCCAGCCCUGCAGGAGGAGAACGACCGGAUAAAACCUCCAAAUCCUGCCUGAGUAUCACGGAGAUAGACGAGAUGGUCGGCAGCCCUCUGGCGUUCAGCUCAUCUGGAGUCCAGCAGGGAGAUGAUAAGCAAAAAUUGAAUCAAGGAAGCGAGGAUUCAUUUACCACUUCAGAAGAGAAGCCACCAUCUGACCAAUUGUCACCAUUGGUCAGAUCCCAGAGGCUUCAGAUUCCAAAAUCAGAGGACCUGAAGCUGAAAUUAAGUGUAAAUCAGCAAGUGGAACACAAACUUCAGAGAACUCAGUCACCAAGACUUGAUGAUUCACCCAAACCACAGAUGGCAAGAAGCUCUGCUCCACUAACACCCAAGUUCACAUUUACAAAAGCAGCACUUUCUUCUUCUCCUGUGUCUUCCAAGAGCAGUUGGAGACAAGGUGAUCCAGAAGCUCAGAACAGAGAUUCCUUUCUUUUGCUCCCAACCAACUGUCCAGCACCUGUGUUCUCUCUCUCUUCUGGCCCAAUGUUUAGCCCAGGAUCUCCUGAUGGCCAUCAUUUAAGCUCUGAAGUGAUAGCCUCAUCUGCUGAACCACCUACACCCAAGUCACACACUACAAUUUCAAGCCCAAGACCAGUAGUCCCUAAGUGUGCUUCAGAUUAUGCACCAGUAGUCCUCAAGUCCACUUCAGAUUCUGCAAUAUCAAGCCCAAGGCCUGUGGACCUCCAGUCUACUUCACAUUCUCCAACCUACAACCCAAGACCAUUAGACCUCAAGUCCACUUCAUUUUCUCCAUCCCCCAGCCCAAGACCAUUAGAUCUCAAGUCCAUUUCAUGUUCUCCAUCCCCCAGCCCAAGACCAUUAGACCUCAAGGCUUCAUGUUCUCCAUCCACCAGCCCAAGACCAUUAGAUCUCAAAGCUUCUUCAUGUUCUCCAACCACCAGCCCAAGACCAUUAAACCUGAAGGCUUCUUCAUGUUCUCCGUUAACCAGCCCAAGACCAUUAGACCUCAAGUCUACUUCAUGUUCUCCAACCACCAGCCCAAGACCAUUAAACCUGAAAGCUUCUUCAUGUUCUCCAUCCACCAGCCCAAGACCAUUAGACCUUAAGUCCACUUCAUGUUCUCCAUCCACCAGUCCAAGACCAUUAUACCAUAAGUCUACUUCACAUUUUCCUUGUUCAAGCCCAAAACCAGUAGUGUUCAAGUAUACAUCAGAAUAUCCAGCUUCUAGCCCAAGACCAGUAGUCCUCACAGUACCUUCAUGUUCUCCAACCUCCAGCCCAUCCCUAGCUAACUCCCAGUCACAGUGUCCUAGCCCCAUACCCCAGCAGGCUUCAAUUCCUUUGUCUGCAGAGUCACCAUCCCUAGAGGAUCAUUCUUUGGCUUUAUCUGACUGCUUUCAUCCAUCAUCAAACUCUACAAGGCCUACAGACCUACACAGGUCACCUCCACCUCCGAGCUCUCCACUUUCUCCUUCGCUGAGCUUGUCAGAUUCAGACUCCCUGAGUGACAGUGUGGGUCUGAUACCCGCUGAUGAAGACUCCUCUGAUGAAGAGAUGAGGGGAUGUGCAGACAGAGAGCAGGAAGAGGAAGAAGAGGAAGAAGAGGAAGAGAAAAGCGCUAUAUCUCUGCAUCCUACUCUCUCUCCCAUUGGAGACGCUCCUCACAGCGUGCAGGAGACUCCACAUUCAGGCCUUUUCACUGAGCCGUCACAGGCUCUAAUCUCUCUUGCCCAGCGAAAGGCCAGCGAAUCCCAGCACUACCAGGGCCUGGAGGGAUUUCUCACUCUGGGACUCGACCUCAGCUCUGUCCAGCCAAGCCCAGCUCCACCUCACACCCCUACAGAGAGGUGCUCACACUCUCAGGAGCUAAAGACAGUAGGUCAGGGUAGUUGGAGACCGGCCAGCAGUCUCCACCACUAUGCGGAGGAGGAGCUAGUUUCUGCAGUGAUGAAUAACCAGCCAAUCAGUAACAGCUUACAUUCAGCCACACCCACUGGCAGUGCUAUGUUGCUCCGAAGGCCGAGUCUACCAGGUUCCUCCAGAAGAGUCACUCCAACUUUCUCUCAUCCAAGUACUGCAGACCCUGCCGGGACCCCCAAGUUUCAGCUGCUGUCCCGCGCCGCUGUGGAGAUCUCGGAGGUUCAGAGUGUGGAGCGGCCAGAGCUGACAGACUCUGAGGAUGAGGAUAAUGAAGAUGACGAGGCUCUGGCUGGACUGGAGGAAGAACUCAGACGGAUGAGUCAUGUGAACCCAAACAGAAGGACAUAAAAAUUCAUAAUAUGGACAAAAAAUGACUAAUAUUUCAAAAAAGGACAGACAUUAGAACUGUACAUGUGUUUAGUAAUAAUAAUUAUAAUAAUAAUAAUAAUAAUACAUUUUUUGUUGUUAGUAUUUAGCUGGCAUUUUCAUAUUGUCAUUUUAA